GAGGGAGCGAUCGGCGCGGCGGGAGGGAGGAGGAGGCGGAGGAGUGGUAGUGGGGGGGGGGGUAUCGGCCAUGCGGGGCUGCCAGGCGGGGAGAGGGUGAAGAGAGAGGGAGGCGAACGAGCAGGGAGUGCGGCGUCGCUCCAUGGCCGGCGGGUCGGGGUGAGGUGAGGAGAGGCGGCGGGCAUGGCGGGCGUCAGCUACUCGCCGCCCUGGUGGGUGAGCCUGCUGCACCGCCUGCCGCACCUCAGCCUGCGCUGGGAGCUCACCGCCGCUGACUUCCGACCGCACGACGCCGAGUACCAGCAGGCCCUGUUGCUGUUGGGUGGCAUCGCUCUCUCCUGCCUUGCCCUGGACCUGCUCUUUCUCCUCUUCUACUCCUUUUGGCUCUGCUGCCGCCAUCGGAAAAGCGAAGAGCAUCUGAAUGCUGACUGCUGCUGCACAGCCUGGUGUGUGAUCAUUGCAACCCUGGUCUGCAGUGCUGGAAUUGCUGUUGGCUUCUAUGGGAAUGGAGAGACAAGUGAUGGCAUCCACCGGCUGACCUACUCCCUUCGCCAUGCGAACCGCACCGUGGCCGGGGUCCAGGACCGGGUACUAGAUACUGCAGUGGCCCUGAACCAAACAGUGGAACCAAACUUGCUUGUCCUGGAGGAAAUGUUCACAAAGCAGACAGACUACCUGCACAUUAUCCAGAAACUGCAAGGUCUCUUGGAUGAACUGCUCAGGCAAACAACUGAGAUCCCCUUUUGGAAGAAUGAAGAGCUGUCUCUGGAGGAGCUGGCAAUUCAGAUUGACCUCUAUGACUGGUACAGAUGGCUGGGAUACCUGGGCCUACUCCUGUUCCAUGUCCUGAUUUGUUUGCUGGUGCUUUUUGGGCUCAUUAGAAACUCCAGAGCCAUUCUUAUUGGGGUGUGCUUGCUUGGGGUGUUUGCCCUGAUUGUCAGCUGGGCAUCCUUGGGGCUGGAGUUGGCUGUUGCUGUGGGCUCCAGUGACUUCUGUGUUAACCCUGAUGCUUAUGUCUCCCAAGUGGCUGAAGAGAAUGCAGUGCUCAGUGCUGAUACUCUCCGUUAUUACAUGAGCUGUAGUGCUGGAUACCCCAACCCUUUCCAGCAGAAGCUGUCAGGAAGUCACAAGGCUCUGGUGGAAAUGCAGGAUGAUGUUAUGGAACUCAUGAGGUCAGCAAGCAGAGACCACCCCACCUCCAAGGAGUAUCUUACUCGGAUCCAGGAGGUUUUAAAUGCAACAGAGAUCAACUUGCAGCAACUGACAGCUUUAGUAGACUGUCGAAGUCUGCAUUUGGAUUAUGUCCAGGCUUUGACGGGAUUUUGCUAUGAUGGAGUGGAAGGCCUCAUCUACCUGGUUCUCUUCUCCUUUGUCACAGCCCUCAUGUUCAGUUCCAUUGUGUGUAGCAUCCCACACACUUGGCAGCAGAAGAGAAGCUCAGAUGAUGAUGGGGAAGAAGAAUCAGCUGUUCAAGGGAGUAGACAAACACAUGAUAACCUUUACAGAGUGCACAUGCCCAGCCUCUAUAGCUGUGGGAGUAGUUAUGGCAGUGAGACCAGCAUUCCAGCAGCAGCACACACAGUCAGCAAUGCUCCUGUCACAGAGUAUAUGAGCCAGAAUGCAAAUUUCCAGAACCCCCGUUGCGAGAAUACCCCGCUCAUUGGCCGGGAGUCCCCACCUCCCUCAUACACCUCCAGCAUGAGAGCCAAAUACCUCGCUACCAACCAACCUCGUCCAGAUGCUGGCAGUGUGCAUUAAAAUGAAAAAGUGAAAGCAAAAAAAAAAAAAAAUCAACUAAAACCCCACACGUGCAGUCAGACUAAACAAUGUGCCAACUGCUGUGCCCCUGUGCUGUCCUCGUAGAACAAUCCCACUGUUCUGCCCAAAAUCCAGUGCAGCUCCAUCUGUUUCUCCAGACCAGACUACCCUCUCCAACCUGCUACCUGCCCACUGGAGUGGAAGCCCCUUUUGAAUUUAAGCCUUCACCUUGAUGUACAUGAUGUGUGAGAGAGAGGAAGCACACGUGCAGGCAAGCAACUCUGAGAGCACCCAGGCCAGAAGCUGGGGCCACCUGCCUGGGGCCAACUUCUUAGAGCAGCCCAGCAGAAAAAAGUUGGUGAAUAUCUUCUGCCCCCUUUUUUCCCUGUCUGCUCCCCAGAAGGGACUCAGUGAAAGAUGGUGGUAGAUCUUCUUCACUUCUGCAGUGGGAUCAGCAGCCUGGCCAACACUGAAGAAGCAGAGGUUUGGUGCCCAUGACCCAGUGUGCAACGAGGGAGUGCUGAGCCAAGGCACAAUGCAGCCUUUUGGUGGGGGUCCUCUGGUCCCUUGCCAGGGAGAGAGGAGGAGGAGGAGGAAAGCUCCUGCCUCAUGGUGUCACUGCUUUUCCACUGUAAUUUGGGAGUCUGGGGCUCUUCUAGAGCAAAUCAUUCUACUACCAUGGUUAACUUUUUUUUUUUUAAAUAUCCAUUAAGAAAAUGCCUUUUUCUUUCCCACUAUCUCUAGUGUGUGAAUCCUCGAGGAGCAGGGGGGUCCCAGCACCCAUCAGCUACCCUGUCCAUUGCUCUGACCCUGACCUCUGCUCCAUCAGGGAAGCCCAGGUACUUGCAGAUGACAUUCUGGGUGCUGCUUUUACCAGGCUGACACACAGAUCAAACAGGAGCCAGCCACCCACUUGGUGCCAAAUUUUUCCAGGACAAGACUUAUUUGGGAGGGGGUAUUUUUGCACUAAAAAGUUUCAGCUCUCUGAUGCUAGAUCUUAUGGGACAGUCAGCUUGCAAAUGCAAGAGAUUGGAAGCACCAGUGGACUUCUAAUGAAUGCAAGCUCUCCCUGCAGGAGUCACCUGUGAAUUCUGCUGGACUUAUUCUUUUUUUCCUUUUAAAAAAAUUGCAAUUUACAGCACAGGGUUGCUGAGCUGGCAUUGGAGGUGUUUUUUUGAAAUUCACAAGAUCAUCAGUCUGUCUUCUGUGUUUUGGAACCAGAAACCUGGAUGAUACCUGGAGAACAUUGCGACUGUCAGAACAGGUUUUUAUUUUAUUCUGUUUUAUUUCUUUUCUUUUUUUUUUUUCUUUUUUCCAAGGCGUGUUGUUAACCACUAUCUGACCUUAUCAAGGCACAUUUAAGGCAUUUUUAUAGACAUGAGGCAGAACAAGGCUUGCAAAGGGGCAGCUGGAUGCCUGCAGAGGGCAACAUCCUCCACUGGUGCUGUACUUUCCACUGAAGAGCAGUGCUCCAAAGAGCACUGACAGCUUCCUACUGGAAAAGGAGAGACUGCUUCUCAGGAGGUACUGCUGAGUACUGCCCUUUCAGGAGAGUAACUCUGUUCCUUUUUGUCUUUUUACCUCUGGGCAAGGGCAUCUUAGUGGAGCUGCUGAGCAUCGUAUCAAAUAACUGUCAGAGUAAAUAAAGUGGGAAACAUCUCUCAAACUGGAGUUGAGCCAUUGGCAGUCAGUCAGUCUUCACCUCAGUGAUGUUCAGACUCAGUGUCUGUUUACUCCACGUUUGCUGUCUGGGGCACAGAACCUACCAAUCUGCCUUUAAUCAAGUCAAUUGCCUUCUUGCAGUGAGGUAGGAGUUACUCCUAGCAGGUAGAUAGCUAGGGUGAUGGUAUCUGCUGUAGAAUGGUACCAGCUCUGUAGCAGAGCAAGCUUUGGGACUCUUCUUAAGAUAGAAACCACUAAUAGGCUGCAAAAGGUGUAGGCCAACUAUUCCUGUUCAAAGGAGUGAGGGAGACAGGGAGGAGUCACCAGUGUGCAGAAAGGAAGAGAAGGCUUUGGAGAAAACUUCACCCUUCACCAUAAAUCUCUGGGAGCAGGAUUUUCUUGCUCAGGACUGAGUGUGCCCUCUCAGACAUGAUUAUGGGCUUCACACUGAAACAUACCUCUACAUUAUCAAAUAGCAAGGGCAGGGACAUGUGCUCACAGGUGGUAUGGAGGGGACACUGCGGCUCAUGAGCAUCAGGUUUUCUACCCUGUUGCAAAGCCUACCAGAAGACCCAGGUGUGCAAGCAUGUGGCAUGGUUAUCUUGCAGGGCACAAAGCAUGCAGCUGCUGUUUGGGGGGAACUGAACCUUCCCCUCACUUCAAACAAAGAGCCAUAUAAUCCCUAUUAAGAUUGAGUUGUUCUGCCAUCAUUCUGUGAUCAUCUCUCCUUGCAAGGAUGUACUUGGGUUGCUACUUACACUAGCGGCUUUUGGAGAGCUGCCCUAAAGUCUGUGGCCUGGUCCUACUCAUUGAAGUCAAGUGUUUUGAAGGCUGGAGGGUGUGGGGAACCAUGUGAAAAGAAGUGCUUCUGUAUAUUGAUUUUCUGUAUACAGAAUGCAUCCCAAACAUGCGUGUGGCUGUACUUUGGAGUGGAUCUAAAUUGUCACAGUCAUACCAUCUGUACCAGCAGGGAUAACAGGGGAGCAAGCCUAUGCCUUUUUGUUUCUAGCAUCUAACAGAGCAGCUACCUUGACCUGCUUCUUUCCAAGGUUUGGCACAGCAGCCACUCAUAACACCCAGAACAACUUCUGACAUCAUUUGGGGCUUGCAGCAAGGCACAGAUGUGGAGAUCCGUGCUCUGUGACUUCAAAAUAUAACUGGAAAGAAUGUUACAGGGACAAGAUUUUGCUUUCUGGAGGCCAGCAUAACGUGACUGCAGUGUGAGCUGUGUACCUUUGUCCAGCCAACACUUCCUUUACUUGACAUGGAUAUUGCACUUUUGUAAAGCAUCCUGGAACUCUGCUGCCCCACUGCAUGCUGUGCAGAGCGCUGGAUAGGAAACACAGACAAAUGGGUUUCUUUUGGUUUAUUAUUAUUUUUUUUUCUUUUUUUUUUCUUUUUUUUUUUUUUUUACUGGAACCUUGAGCAACAGUGUGGCAUUUCUGCAGGCUGAUCUGAACAGAUCUGCUGAAGAACAGAUGGCCUUUGCCUCUUCUUAUGGCUGCGGCGUAAUCAGCCUCAUCCGUGUGGUCACAUUUUGUCUGAGGAGUGGACUUCUGAAAGCCAAGAUCUCCCAGACUCUGUGCCUCCCUCUGGGGUGAACAGCAGGUGCUAUCUGGCAAAGACUCAUCUGUUCAGGAUGGCAUUCAUGGUUGAGGGGGUCCCAGCUCUUCAAGCUGUGGGAGGUAAAGCUGUUGAGACUUCUCUCUCUUCCAGUGUGUCUGUGUUUUUAAUGUGACAAAAUGCCAUAUCACUUGGUGUGUUCCAGCUGACCUUAUCAGAACAUUGCUCGUGUUACUGGUUGCUAGCAAAAGGGUCCAGAAUUCAGGGGAGGUGAGACUGGCCUCUGGACACCUUGCUGACUGCAAACUGGAAGGCAGCUUGUCCAGGUGAAGGUGACUGCAUUGGUGAAGACACUUCAUGUUACUUUUUCAGAAGCACAAAUGUGGUCAUUGGCUUGUCUGGUUGGCUUGGUUUAUUUCCACUGCAUCAUCAUGUGUGAAUGACACUUUCUUUUCGAACUGAGAACUCUUCCAAGCACACAAACAUCUCCACAAUGUGAAAUGUAAAUAGCAUGUUGGACUCGUGUCCAGUGUUCAAGACUGCAUUGUAACUGUAAAGGAAAUCGAAUCAAGACUUGGCUGUGAAUUUCUUGUGCUGUCUUGGGAAUAUAACUGUAGUGUUUGUAUCCUGUAUGUAUUAUUAAACUGAGUUCAUUUUAUGUGCUGAUAAAAGGGUUCAUGUAUCCAAAUGUGAAGGAUGGAGUGCUCCCUUCCCCUCCUGUCCUUUUUAAGUUUUCAUUUGGUAGGUGUUAAUUUUCCGUGUACAGUCAUCUCAGCCAAGAUGCAAGGGUGUUCAUUGGAGUGCUCUGAGGGGGACACAGUGCAUGGGGUUAUAAGUGAUCCUAAGUUAGGAUUUCCAUAGCAGUUCCCUGAAAAUACGGAGUGUUCACACAAAAAGUUUGGCCUUGUUGAGAGCAAACCAUUUCUCAGGGGGCUGCUUAACCAUCACUCAUGAGAGCUCUGGGUGCUGCAGGGUAACAGCAGACAGGAGUGGGUGGAAACCCCUAAGAGCAAGGUACAGGUACCUGUGUGGAGAAACCCACGCUUCACUUCUGGUCCCACCUUCUCCUUCCUUCUAGCAGCAGCUCAAACACCAUGCUGAGCCCUUUGAAGAAGAGAGAAGUGUCUUGACUUGAUGAUUCUGGUUCCCCCCCUGCCUGAUUCAGAGGUAGAGGGGGGGGUGGUGUGUGCCUUUGCCUUUGGAUGGGGUGGGGAAGGGGCUUUGAAGUAUUUCCUACCUAGGGACCAAGGAGAAGCCAGGGUCUUCCCCAGCUCAGCAAGUCUGCCAGUGGAACUGAGUGAACAUCUCUGUGUGGGAGGGGAAAAGCCCUCCAGGCAGAUACCAGGGAGUAGAACUAAAACCUUGAGAGAAGAGACCCAACAGGACUUGAUCUGUACCUUUAAUCAGGUACCUUCUCUCAGCACGGCUUCCUUCCCUUUUCUAGAAAAGAUUUGUGUGCAUGCUAUGGAUGGCUUCCCUAGGCAUUCCAGGAGGCCCAGCAGAAGUGUGGGAUGUUUUGGUGGUGGCUCUUAGAUGGCUACCAAGUGUUGUGUGCUUUUAGGGUGGGGCAGAGCAGUAUCUCCUGCCAAGCUGUGAUGGUGAGCAUGUUGUCCAACUGGGAGAGAGAAGGGAUGGGUUACUGGUGGCCUGGAGCUCCCGGGUGCUCACCCAGCCCCUGUGAACAAAGUGGAACAUAAAUUGAUGUACAACCAGAAAGUUCAAAGUAUUCCUUUCCUAAAGAGGAUUAACUGUAGCAUGAAGCUCUUAGGUGCUCUGCAUAUUUGAUACCACAUUGCUCCUCACUAUGCAAUUCCCACCUCCUUCCUUCCUCUUCCUCCUCUAAUCUCACACCAAGAUUUCUCCGGUGGCCUCCACCCAGGGAGCCACUGAAGUCCCCAAAAUCUUCAUUUCUUUCAUUGUCCUCUGCAUUGGGUCCAGGUGCCCAGCCCUCACAUCGUGUGCCUCAGGUCCCUUGGUAAUGGGAGGCCCCAGGAGUUUCAGUCACACCAUUCAGUGGGAAGUUUAUUUUCUUGGACACUGUGCACAGAAACCUAAUGAUGAACAUGUACCUGGCCUUUUUGUAACUUUUCUGUUUUGUUUUUUUUUUUUCUUCUUAACCAUAAUGGUUGUAUAUCAUACCACUUUAUAUACAUAUAUAAUAUAUAAAUAUAUAUAAUUUUUUUUAAAACUUUGGACCUGCUAGUUUCUUUCAAGUGUUCCUGCACUUACCCAAAAUGUUUUUAAAUUGUGAGGGUUAAAGAGGAUUGAGCCCAUUUUUGUAUCUUUACUUUUAAUUCUGUAGUUCUAUUGAUUGUAAUGUAGCUAUUUUUUACUGUAACUUUUUGGUUUGCAAAUACUAAACAAAAAACCUAAAUGUAAUUUCUGUGGUUUCUAUUCAGCUUGGGUUUCAUGUUUUAAAAAUAAACAAUUUAAAACCA